AUGCAGAGUGCCUCGUGGCCCCCCACGCUCUUUCCUUGCAACCUCCCCCAUCUAUCCCUGCCAAAAUCUUCCCCUAUCACUCCCAUCACAAGCAGUGCGAGAAGCAGUGCAGUAGCGCACAGAGCUGGAGGAGGGCGUGAGGGAAGCAGAGCAACAGCUGUACGAGCUGCUGGGGCCCGAUGCAGAGUGCCUUGUGGCUCCCCACGCCCUGCCACUGCAAGAGAGGCUGGACGUCAACCUCUCCCACCUGCACCAACUGAAAUCGCAAAGGGAGGAGGGGAAGGGGUGGCUGGGCGGGCUGGUGGUUCUGGCAGAGCUGAGGAGGAAACUCAUCUGCACCUGCCCUUAGGCACGCCUCAAAAGUCCUCUCUGUCCUCCCUCUCUCCUCCCUCUGUCCUCCCUCUCUCCUCCCUCUGUCCUCCCUCUGCCCUCUCCUGUUCCUCCGGUCCGGUGCAGCAAAGGGGGGAGGGGAAGGGGUGGCUGGGCGGGCUGGUGGUGCUGGAGGAGCUGAAGAGCUGUCUCAUCUGCCUGCGCUCCUCGCUGCACCUGCCGUUUGACAUGCCUCGAAAGUCUUCUCUCUGUCUUUCUGUCUUCCCCCGUUCCUCAACUGCAGCAAAGGGGGGAGGGGAAGGGGUGGCUGGGCGGUUUGGUGGUGCUGGCGGAGCUGAGGAGCCGUCUCAUCUGCCUGCGCUCCUCGCUGCACCUGCCACCGCCAGGGAGCGACGCUGA